GUCACAGCACUGCAGAAAGAAUUUUUUAAGGAUGAAACAUUGCCGGGUUGAUACUUCUCAUGCACUGAGAUCAUCUCCAUGGUUUAGAUUUCCUUAUCCACUACAAUGGGGUACACCUGUCUUCCACUGGAAAAUGGCUCUUGUGAUGUGUUUGGUUUCUGUAAUCUUAUCUGUGGAUUCGGUUGGAUCAUACCAUGCCUCUUCUUUACUGGUGGCAUCCAGACCUCCAACUCCUGGAGUUCUAAGUCGAGGAAUUGGUUUGGAAGGUCUUACAAGUGUGUUGGCUGGUCUCUGGGGAACUGGAACUGGGUCGACAACUAUAACUGAAAAUGUCCACACAAUUGCUGUAACUAAAAUGGGAAGCCGCAGGGCAGUUCAACUGGGGGCUUGCUUUUUAAUAGUGUUGUCUCUUGUGGGUAAGGUUGGAGGUUUCAUUGCUUCAAUUCCUGAUGUCAUUGUUGCUGGUCUACUCUGCUUUACGUGGGCAAUGCUUACUGCAUUGGGCUUGUCAAACCUAUGGUAUAGUGAGGCUGGAAGCUCUCGGAAUAUCAUCAUUGUUGGGUUAUCAUUGUUUUUCUCUCUUUCCAUACCUGCCUACUUUCAACAAUAUGGUCUCUCUCCAAACUCCAACAUGUCAGUGCCAAAUUAUUUCCAGCCUUAUGUUGUGGCUUCUCAUGGACCUAUACAGAGCAAGAAUGGAGGGGUAUGUCUUUCUCAUGUUUUAACAAACCUUAUGCUUGCAUUCUUGGUGUCAUAUUUUGUGAAAAAGAUAUUCAGAAGUGCCAUUGUCUAUUUCAUAUGUUGAGGUUACUGCAGUAGAUAAAAUUGUUUCACUGCCUAAAUAUCUGAAUGAUUUGGUGAAUGGAAGUAAACUAAAAUAAUUUUCAAUAGGGAAUAGUUAUUUGCAGUUUUCUGUUAUUUGGUUUUGACUGUAUAUUCCGCAUCAUUGACAUUCUCCUGCCUGCUCUUAUUUAAUUAGUAAUUGCGGCAUAAUCAUCUU